UGGAGGGGAGACUGGGUCAAGAAGUGAAGCUGGAGUCUGGAGGGGACAGAGUGGGUGAGAUCAGAGAACAGCGGGGAUCGAGUGAGGGCUGGUGAACUGGGAGACCCGGAGGUGGUAAGUUCUGAGGUGGUUUGAGAAGGCUGGGCCAGGGAAACGGAUUUCAGGGGAGUUUCAGGGGUGGUGAUAGGUAGCUUAGCGGGGAUCCAGGGCCAGGCAGGGCGCAGGCGGUUGGGGGGGUUCAGUAAGCAAGGAGCAGGUGGAGCUGGCAUUUGAAGCUGGUGUAAAGAGAAACAGGACCCAGCUGGGGGCAUUUCAGGCGAGAGGUUGGUACAAGCUGUGGGUAGCCCAAGGAGAAGAAAGCUCAAAGAGGGGACCCCACAAAGAGGCCAUAGGCCAGGUCAGUGCAGUGCCCCCCAUGGGGGAAGCCCCUUCCUGGGGCCAACGGAGCCAUGCUGUCCCGAAAGGGCAUUAUCCCUGAGGAAUAUGUGCUGACCCGGCUGGCAGAGGACCCUACAGAGCCCAGGUACCGUGCUCGGGAGAGGAGGGCCCGCUUCGUGUCCAAGAAAGGCAACUGUAACGUCGCCCACAAGAACAUUCGAGAGCAGGGCCGCUUCCUGCAGGAUGUAUUCACCACGCUGGUGGACCUCAAAUGGCCCCACACGCUGCUCAUUUUCACCAUGUCCUUCCUGUGCAGCUGGCUGCUCUUCGCCAUGGUCUGGUGGCUCAUUGCCUUCUCCCACGGUGACCUGGCCCCCGGAGAGGGCACCACUGUGCCCUGCGUCACAAGCAUCCACUCCUUUUCAUCUGCCUUCCUCUUCUCCAUCGAGGUCCAGGUGACUAUUGGUUUCGGCGGGCGCAUGGUGACAGAAGAAUGUCCUCUGGCCAUCCUUAUUCUCAUUGUGCAGAAUAUCGUAGGGCUAAUGAUCAAUGCCAUCAUGCUGGGCUGCAUCUUCAUGAAGACGGCCCAGGCCCAUCGGAGAGCAGAAACCCUCAUCUUCAGCAAGCAUGCUGUGAUCACCCUGCGCCAUGGCCGCCUCUGCUUCAUGCUUCGUGUGGGGGACCUCCGAAAGAGCAUGAUCAUCAGCGCCACCAUCCACAUGCAGGUGGUGCGCAAGACCACCAGCCCUGAGGGUGAGGUCGUGCCUCUCCACCAGGUGGACAUCCCCAUGGAGAAUGGCGUGGGUGGCAAUAGCAUCUUCCUGGUGGCCCCGCUCAUCAUCUACCACGUCAUCGACUCCAACAGCCCUCUCUACGACCUGGCUCCUAGUGACCUGCACCACCACCAAGACCUGGAGAUCAUUGUCAUUCUGGAAGGCGUGGUAGAAACUACAGGCAUUACCACACAGGCCCGCACCUCCUACCUAGCUGACGAGAUUCUAUGGGGGCAGCGCUUUGUUCCCAUUGUGGCUGAGGAGGACGGCCGAUAUUCUGUGGACUACUCCAAAUUUGGUAACACCGUUAAAGUGCCCACACCACUCUGCACAGCUCGCCAACUUGAUGAGGACCGCAGCCUGCUGGAUGCCCUGACUCUCGCCUCGGCACGAGGGCCCCUGCGCAAGCGCAGUGUAGCUGUGGCGAAGGCCAAGCCAAAGUUUAGCAUCUCUCCGGAUUCACUGUCCUAAAUUGCAGUCCCUCAGGCCCCCACUCACUUAUGUGGGCACAUGGAGAGUAAAGUAUGGUAUGUAGAGUGAAUGGGGUGCCAGUCCCUUGGCCAGGUGAGGGUUUGCUGUGUGACAAGACCCUCCUCGGCUCAGCCUCCCUGCUGCUGUGUGCCCAGGGUGUUACAAGGCACUUGUCACUAUGCUAUUUCUGGCCCCAGCAGGAGCCUGUACCGGGUUAUUUUUGUUCCUGCUCCUCCCAGGCCCAGCUCAGGACCGGCUUUACCCCUGUCUUUCUGCCCAGCAAUGGGGAGGCUAUAGAAGGUUCAGGGCUCCUAAAGCUAAGGUCUCAAAGUCAGUCUUGGCCCUUCACGAUUCAUCCUGCCACAAGCAGACAGGUAACUGGGGAAAAGCCACCCCCAAGUUGUUUCUGUAGCCACUAAGAAAUACCUGGCCAGGUCCCAGCCCUAUUCAUGCCUUGUAAAAGUGAUCGCUGAAGAAUCCUGCCAGUCAGAGGAGGAGGUCAGUAUGAGAGCAUGCGAGCUGAAGGGCCCACCCAGGCAGGGCAGGGCACGCUUGCCCAGGCUCCCCUCCAUAGGGCACACUGGUGCCAGAAGGAGACAGAGCAGGGGGGGAAAUGACUGGAGAUCUUGUGUCCCCACCCUGAGAGUCUGGGAAGUGGGGUGCUGGGCAAACCCUGAUGUGCCGAGAAGGGUCCUGUGCCUACCAUACACGAUGCACUGCAGGCAGCACGCUGCUCCUGGCUCCCCAUGGGUAGCUGUGAGUCACUGCUUCUGGAGGAUGCUGGUGAGUAGGGAUGGCUUGUUUCACUUGCUAGAAAAAGAAAUACUGGAAAGUUCAGUUGUGAGGGAAGAGAGCUCCCCGAGGCAAGGCCCUUGGGCUUGACCUGGGUUCUCAGAGCAGGGUCCUGUGUCCUUGUCCAGAGCUCUGCUGCAGCCCCAUUCUCAAAAAAGCCUCCCAGCUGUGGCCUGAACUCGGGGCUUUUCUUGUGGGGAGGCCGUGGGCAUGCUGCUGGAAAAAAGGAGGGCACGGCCAGCGUCUGCCACCCGCCAUGGCCCUGGCAGGGAGGCCAGGAAAGCAGGCUCUUCUUCCCUCACCUCAGGAGGACUUCAUCCUUCCCCUCCGGCUCCUCCUCGCACAGCUCAGUCUGUCCGGCCAUCUUAGCCGUUCGACCUCCACCAGACAUCAUAAGUGAGGGCCUGGGCUCCCUCCUGAGACUCUGCUGGGGGCUGAAGUACCCACAGGGAGGGGCAGGGAGGUGUGGGCUCUCAUUAGGGUAUUGUUCGGCUCAGAUCCUGAAUCCGGGUGUAUGACUCUGUUCUCAGUUGUCUCAUCCAUGUUAACAGUCCCUACCUCAGUGAGUUGACUCGGAGCAGGUGGAAAAGCACAUGUAACAUGCUUCUGAAGUGCCGAUUCAUAACACGUAUUCAAUAAAUGCUGACUCUUGUGAUUGCUGCUGAAC